AGGAUCCUGAGGCCCGGGAGAGGCAGCUGGAAAAGGGCCUAGUCUUCCUCCACAACAAAUUGGGGGGGAUUAUUUAGGAUCCUCUCUUUUCCCCUUUCAUCCUAAUUCCAAGGGAAAGAGGACAAAGGUGUCUUCCGUAGACACUCCUGCUCUUUCCCAUCCCUACCUCACAGAUGCUGUAAGAAGCCUCAGGUGAGCUAUGGCAGGCUCUGGUGAGCGCAAAGGCAAGAAGGAUGACAAUGGCAUUGGCACAGCCAUUGAUUUUGUGCUCUCCAAUGCCCGGCUGGUGCUGGGGGUGGGUGGAGCAGCCAUGUUGGGCAUCGCUACACUGGCAGUUAAGCGGAUGUACGAUAGGGCAAUCAGUGCCCCUACCAGCCCCACCCGCCUGAGCCAUUCAGGGAAAAGGAGCUGGGAAGAACCGAACUGGAUGGGUUCCCCCCGGUUGCUGAAUAAAGACAUGAAGACAGGCCUGAGCCGGUCCCUACAGACACUUCCCACAGACUCCUCAGCCUUUGACGCAGAUACAUUCUGCCCGCCCCGGCCCAAGCCAUUGGCCAGGAAGGGCCAGGUAGACUUGAAGAAGUCACGACUCCGCAUGUCCCUGCAGGAGAAACUUCUUACUUACUACCGGAACCGGGCGGCCAUCCCUGCUGGCGAGCAGGCUCGGGCCAAGCAAGCUGCCGUGGACAUAUGUGCCGAGCUCCGGAGCUUCCUGCGGGCCAAAUUGCCUGACAUGCCACUUCGGGACAUGUACCUGAGUGGCAGCCUCUAUGAUGACCUGCAGGUGGUGACGGCUGACCACAUCCAACUCAUCGUGCCCCUUGUGCUGGAGCAGAACUUGUGGUCAUGUAUUCCCGGUGAGGACACCAUCAUGAAUGUCCCUGGCUUCUACCUGGUUCGUCGUGAGAACCCAGAGUAUUUUCCUCGUGGUAGCAGUUACUGGGACCGCUGUGUAGUAGGGGGCUACCUCUCCCCAAAGACAGUGGCAGACACAUUUGAGAAGGUAGUGGCUGGCUCCAUCAAUUGGCCAGCCAUAGGGUCCCUCUUGGACUAUGUGAUCCGACCAGCACCACCCCCAGAAGCCCUGACUUUGGAAGUGCAGUAUGAGCGUGACAGGCAUCUUAUCAUUGACUUCCUGCCAUCAGUGACCCUUGGCGACACCGUCUUGGUAGCCAGACCACACCGGCUGGCGCAGUAUGACAACCUAUGGCGGCUGAGCCUGCGUCCCGCAGAGACGGCACGCCUGCGGGCUUUGGACCAGGCCGACUCGGGCUGCCGAUCGCUGUGCCUCAAGAUCCUCAAGGCCAUAUGCAAGUCCACUCCGGCUCUGGGCCACCUCACUGCCAGCCAGCUCACCAACGUCAUCCUCCACUUGGCCCAGGAGGAGGCUGACUGGUCUCCAGACAUGUUGGCCGACCGAUUCCUACAGGCCCUGAGGGGACUCAUCAGCUAUUUGGAGGCUGGAGUCCUGCCCAGUGCCCUAAACCCCAAGGUGAACUUAUUUGCAGAGCUCACUCCUGAAGAAAUAGAUGAAUUGGGAUAUACUCUCUAUUGCUCAUUGUCAGAGCCAGAGGUGCUGCUGCAGACGUAGGGCAGGUGGAGGCCUAAGUGGGUGUCAGGUGUCAGACCCUGGCUUCUCCGUUAGAAUCACUUGGCUGCAUAGUUGGUGCCUCACAGGGUCCCUAGGUGCCUCCUAUCUUGCUGGUCAUCACCCUGUCACUUCAUGCUGAUCAGAAUGCCAUCUCUUUCAUCUCCUGUUUUCUCACCAUCCCUUUCUUUUUGUUACCAAACACUGUGCUCCUUCUCCUCCCCUCCCCCUUGCUCCAGGCUAAUUUUUCUGGAAUGAAUUGAGAAGGCAGAGCACCGGCCUGAGCUGGUGUUUUGCAUUUUGGUCCAACUUUUCUGCUCCUGCCUGCCCUGUCCUUUGGCCUGUUUUUUUAUAGUGUCUUCCCUGUCUUUUCCUCUUGGUUUCGCCUUCUCUUGUGCUCUUUCCCCUGGAGCAUAUCUGCCUCCUCAAGGUGUUGCCUUUUCAUUGAUCGGCACCGAAGAGUUACGGUUGCCUAUUUGCGAGCUGAGCUCCGCAGAGUGAGCACUCAGACAGUAUUUAGAGUUUCUGGGGGUAAAGGUGGCUGAAGAGCUGCCCUUUGACCCAGGUUCCCAGAGAAGCAGCCCAUCUCCCCCGCCUCCCAACCAGCUCAUAUUCCUAAGUGCUGAGAAGCCCUCACGGGAACACUGUUAUUGACCCACACAGGAGUGAGGCUCAAUAUAAACUGGAUGCAAAGUUGCUUGGAGAUUGUGUUUUUUAGUGGCCAUCAGUGAGAGUGCAGUGGGAGAGCCGGCAGCAGGGAGGAGGGCCUAAGGAAGGGUGUGUUUGCCUCACUCUUGGCUGGCCCAGAUCAGCACUACCUUGUGGAGGAAGACGAGGGAGGGGGCUGUUGGGAUGGUACCUCUGCCCAAAUGCUGUUUGUCCACCCCUUCCUCGCCUUAUUGCCAAUUAGGAUGAGACCCUCAGGGACACAGCCUCUGUGGUAGAGGCUGAAGGGAGGGUGACAGGUGGCAAACGGCUGAAAAACCCAGUCACCUGUUGAGGCUUGGUGACCAUGUUUCUUCCCCACGAGGCCCUGCCUUCUCAGGCCCCCAGCCUGUUCAUUCCCUAGUGUCUGCCACAGGAACAUGAGGAGGGUGUGCUCCACUUUCCAGGCACCGCCGGAGGCCAGAGGGCAAGCAGACAUGCGCUGACCUCUUCCCCGUCCUGUCUCACCCCGCACAUGGGGAGACUGGUGCUACCAAGGAAGAGGGCACAUGGGUAAAACUCGGAGGAGGGGAGGCGGCUUCCUGCGCUCCCUCUGCUUUCCUGCUGCUAAGUCAAAAGUUUCCUGAGGGUGAGGAGGAGCGUUUCAUACACCACCUUGUUCUGUGCUUUUUUUUUCCUGUUCGUGGCAAGAAGCCAAUAAUAAUUCUGUUUUUGAUCUGCCCAUCCAGUAUUUUGUUCUCCCAUCAAGUUUUAUUAUUUUUUCUCUUUGUACUACCUCUCCAUCAGCGAGAUUCUGGUGAAGCUCUCCGCAGCUGUCUCAUUCCUACCCAGUGACAGCAGCAGGAAAUGAUUCUUUAAAUAGCAUUGAAACCUCAGCUACCCUUUGAAUUUAGGGUAGAGAUUCCUGUCCCCUUUUUGUCAUGGAUGAGGAGGUUGCAAACUAGGGUUAACCUUGGCUGUAUUUGGAAAAUUUUCCUCCUUCUUGCAAGGUUCCUAAAGUGGUUCAUUUGUCAUUUGUAUGAAACUAUUGAGAGAAUGAAAAAACCGAAAGCCUGGAACUCUUCUCCAUCCUUGGCUGUUCAUCAGAAUCAGUUUAAAGAAAAUCUCUGUGCCUGAGUGCUACAUGAAGUGACUGGCAUAGAGGUACAGGGCUGAACCUGGCAUCCAUCGGAGGGAAGGGAGAAAGGAGAAGGGAGGUUGCAAAAGCAUGGGUUAGUCUUCAUUGAGAGAAAGGAUCUCAUUUCCCUAAUGUAUUACAGAACCUAGUUUUCCCAAGCUGCCAUCUUUGACCAAAUUCCAUAUAAAACAUUGGAAGGAGAGCUGAAAGAAUGGUUUUAAAGACUUAAGUCUCCAAUUAUCAAAGCCAGGUGUAAUUGUGAUUUGAAAUUAUCUCCUUUCUUAAAGAGUAUCUUCCUAAGGUCAUCUCUGUCUCUUAACUAGGUUUCACAAAACCAAAAACCGUAACUUUCCAUUUCACAAGCCAGAACCACCUGGAAGUCCUCAGAACUAGGAGCAGUGGGAGUUCUUGGCUCUGGUCCUGGCAGGUUUGCUGACUGAGACUGGGCAAGCCUUGUAAAACAUGGAAGAUAGUCCAGUGCUUUGAGAUUCUUGGAUGGAAGAGGGUAACAUUUUGCCCAACCUCUACCGUCCCUCCGUGCCCACCCCCUACCCAAUAUUUUUAAUCUUCAGGGAAGGAUGUUGUGUCUUUCCCUGCAGUUCUGCCUUUCUAGUCAGUAACUCUCACCUUUGCCUGAAGUAAUGGCAUCUGCUCCUACUUCUCCAUUUUGACAUUUUCUUCAUCAUCUAGGUUAGCAAACCGUGAGUUAGCCGAAUGCUUAAAAAAUACAUUCAUUGUCUUGAAAGCCUAAUCAAUUCCAAAGUGUAUUUUGUUUUUUUCCCUGUUGCCCCUUCCUAAAAAAAUGAGUUCAGGAUAACAGUAUUUUAUAUGCUUGGUUGUGACUUUUUUUCCCCCUCAAAUAAAUAAUCAAAAACUAAUGUUUGGAAAA